CACAGCUCCAACAACCACCAUUGAAUGGAAUUUGGACAGAAUAUCUACUUGGAAUCGACUAGUAAGAAGAACGGCAUGGAUCGCACGAUUCCUAAGAAGGAGUCAAGGGAUAUUAAGACCCCCUGGACAAGAAUUUAUGGAAUCAAUAAAAUUAUUCGAAAAGGUGAUCCAAAUUAACCGACUAUCUAGAGAAGAAUUGGAUGAAGCGGAGCUGACUAUUUAUCGGCAGCUCCAACGGGAGCGAUACCCCAAGGCAUUUGAAUCUCUGCAGCAGGACAACACAAUCCAACCCAAGGAGAAAAUCGCAUCUCUUCUCCCAAUCUGGGACCAAAGAGACAGACUCAUCCGUGUACAGGGAAGAGUGUCACUUGCUUUAAGGGAUCGAAAUAUCGAACCCCCAAUUCUGCUUCCUGCAAAACAUUUAGUAAUCUCCUUUUUAAUUACAGACAAACACGAGUCUUUACUACAUGCAGGAGUAAAAGGAACACUAUCGGAACUAAAGGAGAAGUUCUGGAUAGUGAAGGGACGGCAGCAAGUUAAAACCGCUUGGUUCGCUUGUGUUGAAUGCCAAAAACUAACGUCACCACCGUUCCAAGAACUAGCAGCCCCACUUCCGUUAAAUCGACUCCGCCAGGCGCAAGCAUUCCAUAUUACAGGAGUGGAUUUCGCUGGACAUUUGUUUUACAAACCAGCCCCAUCCAGAAGGAAAGCGAAAGCCCUGACAUCAGUCCAGGAUCCGACUUCAACAGACGAUCCAAAUAAAGAGCCAGCUGAGGAGCUUAUCGCAGAAGAAGACGCUCCAAAUGAAGCUCCGCUCGCAGGCGAAGAAACGCCAACAGAAGAGGAUAUCGAAAUCCAAGAUAUUCCACCGACAACGACUAAAGCUAAGAAGACUAAUCAGCUCAAAAGUUAUGCUUGUCUUUUCACAUGUGCUGUCACUCGUGCGAUUCAUCUGGAACUGAUGCCGGACAUGACCGCACGCUCCUUUCUAUUUGCCCUCCGCAAAUUUGCAGCUAGACGAGGACCUAUAUCGGUGAUGUAUUCCGACAACGCACAAACUUUCCGAUGUGUCGACCGACAUUUAAAACUACUCAACUCCGAUCCGACUGUCCAGGAUUAUCUUGCCGCCAGGAAGACUCUCUGGAUAUAUUCCGCCAGCCGCCCCCUGGUGGGGCGGGUUCUGGGAACGAAUGGUGAGGAGCGUCAAGAUCUGCUUCGACGCUCCAACGGUCGAGCUUGUCUGGACUACAUGGAAUUGGAAGCAAGCUUAAUUGAGAUAGAAAGCGUGAUUAACGCACGCCCGCUCAGCUAUAUCGGAGAAGGAGCCGAUGAUCCGCUUCCAAUCACUCCUAACCAAUUCCUCAACAAUCGACGUUCUACUCGCGCGGACCCGGAGCCAGCUACUAAUUUAAUAGCUCCUACCUCAACUAGCACCAAGUUGUUAGAAAUGGAUAAGCUCAGAAGAAAUUACGUUGCCGAUAUCUGCUCCAGAUUUGUGGACGACUAUUUACGUCAACUGGACAACUUUCACUCCAAGGGGAAGUCCGGAAGAAAAAUCCGCCUAGGAGAAAUCGUCGUAAUCCACGACGAAAACUCCAAACGUUUAAUGUGGCCGAUAGGAGUAGUUAAGGAAUUAAUACCUAGCCGUGACGGACUUGUUCGUUCCGUGAUGCUUAAAAUUCCCAACGGGAACCUCAUUAAUCGAGCAAUUCAGUCCCUUCACCCCACAGAACUAAGAGAAGAUCGAGAUGAGGACAUCGAGAUUGAAAAUCCGGAUCCGACCCAGGAGCCGGAUGAGGAUCCAGCUCCACUUGUCCUAACACCGGAAAUUGAGCCAGCGGUCGGAAAUGUGGUCCCGGCCGCCGGAGAGACGGACAACGUCGUCGGAGAAGUCGAGCCAGAUGGUACGGGCUCUAGUGGGGAGUAUGUUGGGAAUGUAAUCGCCCAACAGACGACGACAACCCGAUCCGGCCGCCGGACGACUGCACCCGCGCAUUUGCGCGACUAUUGUCUCAGGGGCCCCCGAUAGGUGGCCCCAAACCCCCAUUGUUUCCCCUCCUUUAAUUGUUACCCCCCCACUAAGUGACUGUAAAUCUAGCAGUGUAAAUCGAAUAGACGGUUG